AUAUCUGUUCCACAGUUUGCUGUGUCAACCCUGGUACUGUCCUGUUCUCUGAAGGCCAUCAUCCUGCCCUGCUCCAGGCCCAUGCCUUAUCUCCAGAUAUCCUCCCAGCUGACUGCAGAUGCAGUUGUGUGGCUGUUUGCUGAUCUCUUGCCUGCUCUCCAUCAUUCUGCUCCACUGCAGCGACGCCUUCAGGCUCCAGCAGCAUCCUCAGCAUGUAGACCGGCUCUUUUCGAGGUCUCCGGGGACUCUUGGGUCUCGACCGAGAGGAAUAAAGGCAGGGGAGGAGUUAACGGCAAAGCUGCUCCGAUUGGACGACCUGGUGAGGAUGGAGAAUGACGUCAUGGAGCCAAAGAGGAAGAGGAGUUUCCCUGGAAACAACGCCCCUCUGGACCGUCUGUCAGUCAGCUCCAUGGAGACCAAACAGACGACGAGCAAGCAGAGCAAGGUGGUCCAGUUGCCACGACGACAAGCCAAUCCGCCUCCCAUUGACAGGAUUGGAAUGAGCCGCCUACCAAAUAGUCGAGGAUAGGCCAUGCCCCCAUUCUCCAAAAGCCUGCCCCCUCUCCACAGCGCCCUCCUCUGGACAGAGGACAGAUGCAUGAAGCACAGCCAAUCACCAGCCGCUGAGCCGCACCCACCACCUGCCAG